GGACUGACAUCAAAGUUUAGGUUAUAUUAAAGUUUGCAUUUUCCAGGAUCUAAGAAAAUAUCACUGAAAAGUAACAUAAAUAUAGCUAAAAAAAAUAAUUUAAAUGUAUUCGAACAUCAUUAUACCAAGGCAAUGGUCCAGGCUCGCUUGUGUAUGUCGCUCUGUUGCUUCAAUAGAAGGUCAAAAACUUCCUCAAACGAGUAUAUCUAGUGAUGGCAUUUCUCCGCCACCUCGUAUACCCAGAGGUCCGACUGAUAUCUUGCAAGCUCUAGCUGCAACCGUCGGAAAUGACCCUACCGCAGCCCAUUACAAAUAUCACGAUGAUCCAUUUCUCAUCCCACUGUCAAAUUUCCGUAAACGAGCAUAUGCCUUAUCAGCGGAGGCAGGCAGAAAAGCAGCUGCUUGGAUCAGGGAUGAGCAUGCAAAUCUUUUUACUACAAGAGAAUGGGAUCCACCAAUGAAAAUGAAAACCCCAUACUUUAAUGCUGACCCACAAAUUCCAGCAUAUGCUCCUAAACCAUUUUAUAAUGAUGAAAGCACUGUCACAGAAAUUGACUUAAAAUACACAAUAGAUAAUGCACUUAUAGAAGAUGCAAUUAAAGUAUUCGAACUCCUUGGUGGAGAAUCAGGUUUAAGCAGUGAAUUAAAACUAUCAUUCCUCCAGCUUCUUUGCUUUUACAAUGAGAAGGAACCUGUUGCAUUGGAAUGGGUUGAAGAGAGAUGGUUUGCUGCAGCCACAAGGGAAAGACAUGCUACUACCUGGAAAUUGGGUGGUCUAGCUGACAAAAUUUUCACAUCUAUGGAACCAAAAACACCUGAAGCGUAUUGUGCUAUUAUACAAGGAAUGGCAAAGUAUUUUCAGGCUGAACGCGCUUAUGCCUUGACGCAAGAAGCAAAAGAGAAAGGAAUUCCUCUGUCCACUAGUGUAUAUAAUUCUCUGUUGGGUUGUAUUGGUUUUCUAAAGGAAGGUGUAUCUUUACGUAUUGAAGCUUUGAAGGGUUUGCUGGUUGAAAUGGAUGAACAGGGAUUGUCACCAAAUUCAGAGACACUAACAGCGUGCCUGAAGUCCCUGUCGGCUUGGGGGGGCGGCAAGACGCUGCAGGGCGUGGCGCUGCAGACCGUGGCCGAGUUCCGCCAGCUCGGCAUCGAGCCCAGUCUGUCCGCCUACUACUACUUGCUAUGCCUGUUUUGCAAGGACCAGGGACCAAAAAUUGACAUAUUAACAAAUAUAAUAGCAGAUCUAGAAAAGAGAGAAUCAUUGGAACCCACAGAAGCCAUGGAUACCAACUUCUUUAUAACCGCUAUGGGAGUUUGCAGCAACCACUUGCAGGAUAUAAACUUAGCAGAAAGAUUACACGCAUUGUUAAUGAAGGACGAUAAUUACAAACUAGUAGGAGACGCUUACAAGGAGAGUAUAUAUUACAGGCACUUCGUGACUGUUGCCUGCAGAUUCGCGCCGUUCGAAAGAACGACGCAGCUGCUGGAUACGUUGAUACCGAAUAUAUACGUUCCGGAGCCGUCGGUAAUGGAGGAGAUCCUGAAGGCGCUGGAGCUGCAGGGCGCGGGCGCGCGGCUGGCGGCGGCGUGGCGGGAGCUGCUCGUGUUCGGCCACGCCGCCCGCGCGCGCCUCGUGGAGCGCCUGCUGCGCGCGCUGAGCUGCUGCUACCACGACCAGGACGACGAGGUGAAGGAAAAAAUGCAGACCGUCGCAGCGGACAUCCUGAAGUACGGUGAGCUGGCCGAGGAGCGCGAGGAGAGGGAGGAUCGCAGAUCUCCCACGCAGAAACUGUCGGCGCGCGCGCUGUCCGACGUGCUGGAGCUGUGCGCCGACGCGCGCUGCGACGCGGCGUGGGUCGCCGUCGGCGCCGCGCUGCGCCGCCUGCGCGCCGACGCCGCCGAGCCCGCGCCCGCCGCGCGCGCCGCGCUCGCCGCGCUCGCCCCGCGCGCCGCCCGCCACGCGCACCACGCGCUCGCCGCGACGACAGUUUCGUACCUAGCCGAGUGCGGAUUCGAGGAAGCAAUUCCAGCGAGUAUUGAAACUCUAAGUGUGAUACUGAACCGAACCACAGAGGAGGUAGGGAAACUUCUGGAAGAGAAUAAAUCAUCUCUGACGACAUCGCUACAACCCGCAGCGUUAGAAAUCGCGCAGGCGUACCACACAGCCAAGACCGGAACACCAUUACGAGAUUUGGAAUCAUCGACAAGUUCUGACAGUGACAGCGAGUCUUCUUCCGAUGAUGAUUAAACAUUAUUAUUAUAAAUAUAGAAUAAAAUUUAGUAUUACAAUAAAACGCAUUU